AUGGCCAGCGCAUAUUCUCGUCUGCCGCCGGAGCUACUGCUAAUGAUUCUGCCAAAUUUACCGGACCUUCCAUCUCUUUAUAAAUUCAUAUGUGCAUCCUCAAUAGCGAGUGCUGCCUUUACCAUCGAUGCCGCCAAUAUUUUGAAUGACGUUAUUGAGCGAUCUAUCCCACACUUUAAGACUUUAGCACGCGUUAUUGCAGUUAUAGGCUCGUUGGAUAUACAGAGCAAGCCGAAAACAUCGCGUUCAAAGCUUUUCGACUCGUUGAUCGCCAAAUAUGCAUCUCUACCUGAAGGCAUGCUCGUGAAUGACACAUUAGGAGCACGGUAUUUGUUGCUUACUGCUUAUCGUGUCGAGCAUCUUAUGCAUAUCUGCAUCACCACUCUCCUUCAGAAUAUUCAUGAACAUAUAUUUACCAGUCAAGUGGACGAAAACACGCCGUUUGAUAAAUUGUGUAAAUUAAAAAGUUUACGGCACGGUGUAUUUUUCACACCAGCUGCGUGGUGGUCUCCGUCAUGGGUUGAGAGAUUUCGCGUUGAACGAGCUCUCUGGAAGUUGUUUAUUUAUUGGAAUAUCCGAACAAUUUGUUGUGAUAACAUUCUUGAAGACGAUCCUGGCUUGAGUCAGUACAACGAAAAGAUCCUGGAUAUAAACUCGGACAUUGGAGUGGAAAAAGGUCAAGACGGGGUGGGGCCCCGGGAAAUAGACGAAGUAAAUUGUGUCUCGGAGGCCAUUCGGGAAUUUCUCGAUUGCAAUCCAAUGAUAUUUUUUACGGAAUUAUUUGCUCACAGACGUCAACUAUGCAUUGAAAAGGCCUGGUCCAAAUGUUCACUCAGUCUGAACGAGACUGAAUCUUGGAGAUUUGAAGAACCACAGCCAUUAAAAGGUACUCGUGAUGACCCUUGGGGCCAGGGUGCAUGCUGGACCACCAAAUCUAAUUCCAAAUUUAGUGAGUUUGGCUGGCGGUAUUGGCACUCUUUUAAUAGUGACAAUUUGCAUCUAGAAAGACAUGAUCUUUGGUUUCCUGAUUACUUAGGGCUCUGCCUUUGGGACUACAAGCGACUGCAGUAUCUUGGAUUAAAUGAAACCAGCGCCAGCUCCCUGGAUCAUUUUCUGGGUCCACCAAGAGAGCCUGAUAUGAAAUUCUCCUCUCCAAACAUCUGGAAACGUUGGGUUGAUUUAUUUAUUCAUGAGUUGGCCAGAUUACCAGGAGGUGGAAAGCAGAAGCUGUCGAAGGAUUGCAAGGAACGCAUACGGAAAUGGAAAGCUGCAGUGAGACUUGCGUCUAAGGAUAGAGGUUUAUCUAAUACUGGGUAA